CGAACACUCAAAACUAUAAAAACACUUCACCACCACCAUCACCACACUACCACCUCCCAAAAUUCCACCAAACGACAAAGAGAACUCCCAGUCUAUCUCGCUCCUCAAGAAUACAAACACUGUCCCCUCCUGACCAUCAACCAAGCAAGCAUCCUAACCAUCCCUUCCAAUUGGCCGCUCGGAAAUGGCGAUCCCUAAGGUUUUCGCAAAUAUCGAUACGGGAAAGGUGACCAAUAACGAAUUACUGGAUGCCACCCAACCUUCCGCAUUCGAGUUUUUAGGGCUGAGUAAGAAGCAGCGGCUGUACGGAUUCUUCGGCUGUCUAGUAGGGGGCUUCGCGGUCUCGAUAAUCGGCUCGAUUCUGUUCGUGUUUGGAAGUGUCGUCAGUUUCGCACUGCUGUAUACCCUAGGCAUCUUAAUCUCACUCACUGGAACUGGCUUUCUAAUAGGAUUUGCUAGACAGAUCAAGACGAUGUUCAAGCCCGUCCGAGUGGUUGCAACAAUUCUUUUUUUAGGCUGUGUAAUUAUGGUCUUUGUUGCAGCCUUUGCAAUCAACAGCGACGUUCUGGUUCUAGUCUUUGCCAUUCUGACGUUUUUCGCAUACACAUGGUAUUCCCUAUCAUAUAUACCAUAUGCCCGAGCACUGGUCAGUAAAGCGGUUGGCUCGGCGGUCUAAUCGAUUUAGCAGCAAAGCUCUCCAUACCAUCACCCUGGGAGACUCUUUGACGCCGCGACAGCUCGCUAUAGGCAGUGAUCUUCUCGGGCUUGUGCUUAAUCACCACCAUAACCUUAUCCCACUCCUCAUCUUGCUUGUAUCCUCAAUCAUCCAUGCCUAUAUUCUUUCACCAAAAGUGUAUUUGUUGACGGCCUGUGCAUACUAGAUACAUGUUCGACAAAUAUCUCUUUGUUUGGUCAUCUAUUCUCGCAGUUCUCGCUGUAGAACAAUGGAACAAGAAUCCCCAAAUACAAAACAAAACAAAACAAAACCCACAUCGUUAUCCCGUCUUGUAAUUAUCCUAUAAUUUAUUCUCCAAGUUUUUCUUUUAUUUUCCUCUCAGUUAGUUUGGUAUACUUCCAGGGAUGUUCAUAAGUUUUGUUCUUUGAUCAGUUGUAUACCUCAUUCUUUAUUUUGUUUUUUUUAUCUUCUCUCUGUAUUGCCACCAAUCUGACUGAAAGCAACACAUAAAAGAUUAGUGAAACAAGCCGGCUAAUGAUGCAUCUGUAAUUCACCUGUUUCUCACGUG